ACUGCACGCCGGCAUAUCAAGUCUCUCCUCGAUUAGCAACUGCAACGCAAUUAACAUAUGAUGCAAACAUAGCAGUCUCAGCAGUUUCAGAAAACCAAUUGACCAGAUACCCUUUGGCAGGGGCUGACCGAAGAGCACCGACACCAUGGGCUCCCGACUGCCUCAAAAGCGGAUAGCGAAAUUUUUCGACGAGCUCACAAAAAGGGAGAGACUAGGCAAAUAUAAACUCGAAGACAAGACCCUUGAUCCAACCAAGAUAGCAACAUGGGAAUUGGUUCGGCGUCCGCCAGUCCCCACGGACACUGUCAUUCAGGGCAAAGUCCGUCAUCCGCUGUCGAAAGCGUAUAGAGAGUUUCAGAGGCAAGAAGGUGCCAGGUUAAGAAAGGCAUUGAAUCGGAUAACACAUGGCAAGAAUAUUUUUGUGUACAACAAUAUACGAACGAACCAAGUGGUUUAUUCAUUGACGCGGUAUCUCGAGGAAAAGAGUGUUCUGUCGCAAAUGGUAUACCACGGCAAGAAAACAGUUCCAGCCAGCCUACGAAAAGACAUGUGGGUGCCAUACUAUUCCGUGCACUUCGACAACGCCAAAGUCGGAUUACGAGCAUAUCACCUCCUCCGCGAAUUCUCAUUGCAGAGACAGCUCGCCCCUCCCAAAGAGAUGAUCACCAUGGGCGAAAAAUGGCUUGAACAGAAGAGACCACGAGAUCAAUUAGAAGCUAAAAAAUUCGACGAAGAGCACGAGAAACUCGUGGGAAAAAUUCUGCCAAAGAAGGAAAGGGCCCGUAUUCUGAUGGAUCAGAAAGCGACUAGUGUCGCUGACAUUGCAGCUGUUCUUGCUAUUCAGGAGGAGGAGUUGAAGAAUGGCUUUGGUUCGGAGCAUCGCAAGGAACUCGGACGCAGGGCUCUGCAGCGUAUCCGACUGACCAGAAAAGCGGAGCGAAAGACUGCAUUCGAAGCAGCGCAACGGGUCGAAGGAUUUGAGAGUCAACUUCAGUCUCAGGCCCCGCUCGAAAUUGAAGAUGAGUUCGAUGAACCCCCUAGCAAUAGUGAAUAUGCCGUGGAACCGGAGCAGGUGAAGAUUCUCUGGAACGAUAUUCACGACGCUCAUUAUGCUACUUCAUGGCCCGAACGUGUUCAUCACGGUCACUUGGAGCGAACUCCGGACCAUGUCAUGCCUGGCCAGAAACGGAUCGUGAGUGAGGAAGAUGCUGACGAUAUCCUUGCCCACGACGCUUUCGCUGAAGCGGCACCAUUGAAGCUCUAGAAUGGCUGCUUUGUAUUCUUACGAGGUCGUCCUCCUUUCCAUGAGGUCCUGGGAUCGUGUUACAGUUAUUAGUACUUAUUACAAAUGUAUACUACGCUUCUCUUUCAAAUGUCAUUACUAUUUACUUGGAAAUUGCCCACCUGUACUUUCUCAGUCUUGGUCAUUCAAUUUGUUAAAUAUUGCGCUGCUUGGCUCAAGACCUCUAUACAGCAUAAAGAAUCAUUUUAAAGUACAUACAUGCCAGCGCGUAAAGUUGAAAAUAGUAGAAUGAAACAGAAGAGGCCUGGAAUGCAGUCAACACUCAUAACACCGAAAGUCUAACCAUACAGAUAUCAAUUGGGUGAUGUUGCAAAUCAAGCAGCAGCAGAACUUGCUCCAAGUUAGAAGAUCGCAUAAACGAAGUAGACGACGGACGUGCUGCCUGCAGAGAAAAUAUUCCAACUGCGUUGUCGGUCGUAUCUAUACGUGAAUCUCGACAUUAUCGAAUCCAUCAUCACUUUGAUGGCUUCCCGCUCUAGGGAUUGGUCACUUCUUCGAGUUUCGGUGGAGUGCUAAUGUCCCGGCUCGUUGAUUUGUGUAUGUCUUCUCCAUGUUUCGUGUCAGACCCAGCAUCAACUGAAGCAGAAUCCGCAUUUUCGAGUCUUCUUUUGGCGCCUUCAACUAUCUUAUCAGCUUCACUUAUCCCACCCUUAACCUGAGACAAAGGAUCUCCUUCGACUCCAAUCGGUUCUGAACGUCGCUCAACGACAUCUCGGAUUAUAUUCGCGUCAAAUCGAACCACCAUACACGUCAGGUUAUCGGUACUAAAUCGUGAUAAGGCAUGGUCAACGAGCAUUUUUGAGCACUCUUGAGCAUCCUUGACGUUGCGUAUUAAGUCAACCG